AUGGGAAUGUGGGAGGAAGCGAGUGACCCAGUGAUGGGGAAGAAGGAUAAAAAUGAGGAGCGGAAGGAGAGAAUCCUGAAUCUCACACUGGAGAUUAUCUAUCUGCUGACUGGAGAGGGCUACGUCAUCCCUAAGAAGAAGAGCCCAACUGUGGGUUUGGGGGCCCUGCAUGCCCCUGGCUCCGUCAUACAGAAGGAAAAUGACAAGAAGAUCCUGGAACUCAUCUCCAACAUCAUCCAGCUGCUGACUGGAGAGGUUGCCAUAAGGUGUGAGGAUGUUUCCAUCUAUUUUUCCUUGGAGGAGUGGGAGUAUAUAAAAGAAAACAAGGCCCUUUACAGGGAAGGGAUAAAGGAGGAGGAGGAGCCCCAGCAGCUCCGCCCACUGGCAGCCUGUGAAUAUAAAGAUGGGAGCGAUGUUACAGCACAUACGGAAGCAACUUUAUGUUGUAAUAAUGAUGGGAAUCUCACAAACCCUGAUGUUUCUCCAGCGGAACAGCCCCCACCAGCCAAUGGGAUUAAAGAGGAGGCGGCUUCAUGUGAAGGGGGAAACCAAUCAGAUUGCAGCAUUAAUCCCCUUACAGAACAGAUACAGGGAACAGACACACCUACUCCUAUCAUGGGGUGUAGCCUGAACAUCUUAGAAAUGAAGGGUAAUAAUUAUGAUAAAAAUUCCCACCAAUCUCCACAUAAAUCUGAAAUAACAAAAAAUAUAUUAUGCGGGGAAUACAGCUGCAAUGAGAGUCAUAAACGUCUUUCCUAUCAAUCUAACCUUAAUCGGCAUCAAAGGACUCACACAGGGGAGAAAUCAUUUUCAUGUUCCGAGUGUGGGAAAUGUUUUUCAGACCAAUCCCACCUUAAAACUCAUUAUAGAACCCACACAGGGGAGAAACCAUUUUCAUGUUCUGUAUGUGGGAAAUGUUUUUACUGUCAAUCUAACCUUAUUCGGCAUAAAAGGACUCACACAGGGGAGAAACCAUUUUCUUGUGUUGAAUGUGGGAAAUGUUUUAUAAAGCAAUCUGACCUUGAUUAUCAUAAAAGGACUCACACAAGGGAGAAACCAUUAUCAUGUUCUGAAUGUGGGAAAUCUUUUUCCUGUCGAUCUAGCCUUAAUCGGCAUCAAAGGACUCACACAGGGGAGAAACCAUUUUCAUGUUCUGAGUGUGGGAAAUCUUUUUCACAGCAAUAUGACCUGAAAAUUCAUUCUAGAACCCACGCAUUGGCAAAACUUUUUUCUUGUUCUGAAUGUGGGAAAUGUUUUUCAAAGCGAUCUGAGUUUGAUUGUCAUAAAUAUAUUCAUACAGUGAAGAAACCAUUAAACAUACUUUCACAAUGACAUAAAACGUAAACUUGUGUUGAGGAUCAGAGAACUCUUUCCCCUGUUUCUCUCUCUUGGACACUAUCCAGCCCAGCUACAGAUGGGGGAGGAACCCGAUUGGCUGGAUGCCCCAGGUUUGGAGUCAGGGGCAGGCCCAGCAGCUUAUAAAGGGGCCGGAGUUGAGACAGAGAGAGACCAACCAGUAAGCAGUGAGUGUGUGGAGGCUGAAGGGAACUCUGCUGAGUGCCAGCCUGUAAAGAGAGAUCCGCUACACUGCUGUUAGAUGCCUUUACUCCCUGCGGAUCCCCCGUGAGUGACCCAUAUGAGGAUAAAGGUAUAGAGUCUCCGUGUGUGGCCCCUGGGUGAGGGCAGGUGUUUCUCGGGGCUACAUGGGAGCAACUGCCUAUUCCAAAGGGAGAGGUACUUUGGGGCAGGUAGCGCUACCUGGGGGAACUCUGGGGAAGGGACUGAACUGGGAAAGGGUAUUUCCUCCAGGAGGGGAGUGUGGGACUGAGCCCCCAGAGAGACUGAGCCAGUAGUGGCUAAACCCAUCCCGGUUUCCCAAAGCAGGGUUAUUACUGUUUGCCUGUUAUAAUUAUUUUACCUUUACACCCAGUUAUAUAAAGUUGAUAUUUGCUACAAA